AUGAGGCCUUCAAAUCAGCUAGCAACAAUCUCUGCCCUCCUAGUAUCCCUCCUUACGACGUCUCACGCAUCAUCCACAAACUCAACCACCCCCAAACGCGGCCUCUGCUACAUCGCGACGUCCCACUCAUCCUCAGACUCUUACAUCUUCACGACGCCCCGAUCGCCCUUGACGUGGUACUACAACUACAGUCCGUGGCCCGGGCCCUCGCCAUCUUUGGAGCAAUGGAGCACGGAAUUCGUGCCCAUGGUGCACUCGGCCAGCGACGCGGCGGCGUCCGUCGACACCAUCAAGGCCGUGUUAAACGACAGCGCGGGGAUCCCCAUCUCUGGGAGAGGUGGUGGUGGCGGCAGGAACAGAAUCGCCCACGUUUUGACAUUCAACGAACCCGACGGCGACACCUCUUCGGGCGGGACCGACUCGACGCCCCAAACCGCCGCGCAGGUCUACAUCGACACGAUCCUACCCUUGCGCUCCGCACCCUGGAAUCUCCAGAUCUCUCUGCCCGCGACGACGGGCUCUCCCAGGGGUCUGGAGUGGCUCCGCUCCUUCAACGCGAGUUGCUUCAAGCUCCGACCCCAGGGAGGCUGCGAGGCCGACUUCCUCGCCGCGCACUGGUACGGCGAUUUCCCCGGCCUCACCUCCUGGCUGGGCACCUUGCACGGCCUCUACCCAGCGACACCGAUCUGGGUCACCGAGUUCGCCAUCCCCUCUGCCCCCGCGGCCACGACGGAGUCGUUUCUCACCCAAUCCCUCCCUUAUCUCGACGGGUCCCGGUACGUGGCGCGAUACGCCUGGUUCGGCGCGUUUCGGAGCAGCGGCGGAGACGCAAACGAGUGGACCGGCGAUGCGGUGAGCUUGCUCGACGGCAAGGGGAAGCUGACGGAUCUGGGCGCCGAGUAUUUGGGCGGCGAGGAGGAUGGGUUCCAUCAGGGAGAGAGCGCCAGUAGUGGCGCUGCUGGGAAAGGAAUGCCCCGGAGUAUGAUGCUGACGAUGAUGAUGUGCCUGGUACUGACCUGUACAUUCGCCACGACGGUCGGGUCGGUUGCUCUGAUCUGA